AUGCGAUUCUUCUUCUUCAUUCUCGCUCUGAUGAUCUCCGGCUUCAUUGCUGUACCAACUGGGUCGUACGUUGUUCGAAGGACGAAUAAAAAGACUACUGGCACGAAAUUUUUGGAAAAGCUUGACGGAUACCGUUUCCAGGGUAAAGUUGAUGCUUUGUCCGAAAAAAUGAGGGAAACCAUAGAAAACGUCCUCGAGAAAAUUUCGACGUUUACCACGGAUAAAUUCGGGAAGAAGGCUGAAUCCGUCCCAAAGCUAUCAGAACCAAGAAUUUUGACUCCCGCUGUGAACGAAACCUCACACAGCAAUCACACCAAGAGAUUUCUCCGGCAGAAUCCUUCUGGUUAUCAGCUUGAUGGGAAAAAGACUUUCCCAUACUAUAACAAGAAGUCUAAGGAUUACUUAGAUCAUCAUUUCCGCGAAUAUCAAAAAUCUUCUGCCUAA